GGGGUAGACACAAGGUAGAUAGAGAGACGUGUGGGGCUAGAUAGAAGGGUAGAGAGAGGGACAAGCAAGAUAAACAGAGGGACAUUCAGGGUAGAUAGAGGGGUGGACACUGGGUAGAUAGAUAUGCGGGUGUAGAUACAGUGUAGAUAGAAGGAUGUGUGGGGAUAGGUAGAGGGACAUGUGGGGCUUGAUAGAGGGGUAGACACGGGGUAGACAGAGACGUGUGGGGGGUAGAUGGAAGGGUAGAUAGAGGGGUAGACACAGGGUAGAUAGAGGGAUGCGCAGGGGUAGGUAGACAGAGGGACACGCGGGGGUAGAUAGAGGGGUAGACAGAGGGACAGAGGUGUAAAUAGAGUGACAGGUGUGGGGUACAUAGGUAGAGAAUUUCCUUGAAAGAAUCAGGAAUUCAGGGGUCCGUAGAAGGACCCUCGUAGGGAGGGGGUCUCAGGACUGUAUUGGGAGCAGUCAAUUCCCAUGCUCCUUGGCCAAACAAUGGAUUGGGGGUCACCAUGGGUUGCUGUGGGAAGAGGGGGGCUCUGCAGGGCCUGUGCCCCACUGCUUGUUGCGGUGUUGCUUCUGGCAGCUGGGAGUGGUGAGCGGCACCGGGCCCCCCGGCGGAAAUGCCCUAUCAGCUGCAGCUGCAUCCAGGACAACGCACUAUGUGACAGGACAGACGGGGUUCCCCGAGGACUGCCCCCUGACAUCACCUCUCUAUCCCUGGUGCGAUCAGGAUUCACUGAGCUGCGAGAGGGAAGUUUCCUGCAGACACCAACCCUGCAGCUGCUCUUAUUUACAGCUAGCACCCUGGGGCUGAUCCGAGAUGACGCCUUCGUGGGACUCCUGCACCUGGAGUAUCUGUUCAUCGAGAACAACAAGGUGGGCUCCAUUUCCAAGAAUGCGCUGCGGGGCCUCAAGGGGCUUGUGCAUCUGAGCCUGGCACACAACCAGCUGGAGACACUUCCACGGCACCUCUUCCGGGGCCUGGAUGCCCUCACCCAUGUGGACCUACGGGGGAACCCCUUCCACUGCGACUGCAGGAUCAAGUGGUUGGUGGAGUGGCUGGACAGCACCAAUGCCAGUGCAGAGCUGGGCGAGUGCCAGGGCCCCACUGAGCUCAACGGUACCCGACUGAGCCAGCUGCACCUCCAGGACUUCGACUGCAUCACCACUGCGCUGGCACUGUUCCAGUCGCUGCCCUUCCAGGCCUUGUCGGUGGAGCCCUUCUGGUACCAGGGGGAGCAGCAUGUGGCAAUCGCCCAGCCUUUUGCAGGGCGCUGCAGCCUGCUGGAGUGGGACCACCUGGACGGGGCUUUCCGGGCCUAUGCCUCCAUCAAUGGCUCAUCGCCCGUGGCCUGCAAGCCCCUGGUAGUGGAGGGACGGCUGCUGGUGGUGCUGGCGCAGCUGGCUGGGGGCUCCCACGUGUGGCGCCGGGAGGAGGACACGGGGCACUUUGUGCGGCUGCAAGAGCUGGGCCCACAGCGCAUCCGCAAGCCCAAUGCACUGGCUAGCUUCCGGGUGGACGGCGACUGGUUCCUGGCCGUGGCUGACAGCUCCAAGGCAGGCGCCACCACACUAUUCCGCUGGGGAGGGCGUGGCUUCUACGCCCACCAGGCCCUGCAUGCCUGGCACCGUGAUACCCACGUGGAGUUCCUAGAGCUAGCUGGGCGGCCCAGCCUCAUCCUGGCCAGCAGCUCCCAGCGCCCUGUGGUCUACCAGUGGAGCCGGCCUGGCCGUGCCUUCCUGCGCCACACAGACAUUCCCGACAUGGACGAUGUCUAUGCUGUCAAGCACUUCCGCCUGCGUGGCGACGUCUACAUCUGUCUGACCCGCUUUAUCGGGGACUCCAAGGUGAUGCGUUGGGAGGGCUCCAUGUUCCGCGAUGUCCAGCACAUGCCGUCACGUGGCUCCAUGGUCUUCCAGCCACUGGGCAUUGGGAGCCACCGCUAUGCUGUGCUGGGCAAUGACUACUCCUUCAGCCAGGUGUAUCGCUACGAUGCGCGUUCCGGCCUCUUUGUGCACCUCCAGGAGCUGAACACCCAGGCACCGCGCUCCUUCGCCCAUCUGGCCAUCCACCAGCGGGAUUUCGUCUUCGCUGCCAGCUUCAAGGGAGACACGCAGAUCUACCGGCACAUCACUAUUGACCUGAGUGCCUGAGCAUCGCGCGAGGGCAAAGGGGGCUGCAGACAAGGGGGAUGGAGUACCAGCCAUGGCCACUGGGGGUCCAGAAGGGGACAUAGCCAAGGGGGACGUAGCACUGGCCAUGGCCACUGGGGGCCCAGAAGGGAACGUAGCCAAGGGGGGGCAGAGUACCAGCCAUGGCCACUAGGGGCCCAGAACCGGACACAGACCAUAGGACGAGGAGGGCGCAGAGCCAGCAAUGGCCACCAGGCGGGACUUUUAAUCCUAUUUUGACCCCCCCCUUUAAAAUGGCGUUUGGCGCGGUUAAGAACCGUUCCCCGGUACAGCUGUCAAAGUGUAUUUAAUGGACUCUCUGUUUCACCCCUUUCCAAAGGUUUUGCUUAAGCUCCGGCGCCUGUGGCCCGUUCAGCGCCCUUUCCAUUUCACAAGCUUUGUAAUCAAACUUUUCUUCAUUUAAAAGACUCCUUAAAAACCACUAAUGUCCAUGCAGGGCCCGGGCUUCAGACCCAGGAGUCACUUCCCAGGGGCCUCAGGAAACCCCUUUGCUGCCCUUCCCUGCCUUUCACUCUGGAAAGCAAUCCUUUCGUUCAUGACCCAUCACCCAUCUCUCCAGUGCCCACACGCUCGGCGUCAGGCUCCUGGCCCGUUUCCAGUGCAGUUAACUGCGUUUACGCUGGAGCCCCUCCUGCCCGUGGCUUGUUCGGUCGCCUCACUCAGCGCCUCUGGGCCCUGCCAUUGCUUCCCCUUUUUACAAAACAGGAAGGAGACGGCCUGGGUGCGGCUCAGGGGCCGGCAGGCAAAGGCCGCUUUCUUUACCUUUGCCCUGUUAUGGCGCAACUGCAUUUCCUGUUGCCUAACGAAUCACUCCUUGGCUUGGAAAUAAAAGUGAGACCAAGGCCCACACCCAGGGAUUCUUAGCUGCUGGCCGCCUCCUGGAGAAGUGGGGAGAGAGCAGGCUAAUCGGCUAGCAGGGCUGGGGAGGAGGAGACGGGAUGCUGGUCUCAGGGUGGGGGGGAGGAAGGCGCAUGGGGAGGGACUGGUAGGAGGGGACACUGCCGGAGAGUCUGGUGGGAGGGGACAGGACAGCUGGGGAGAGAGGAGUCUAAGGGGACACUCUGGGGUGGGGUAACAACACUUGAUAGCCCGAUGGGCACUGAUGGGCUGGUGAAUUUUAACUCUGGCCUCCCCUGGUAGUCAAUAUCCAGCAGUUGCAUGCACCCCCUCCCCUGCCCCCCUCCUGUCCCCUGGGAGCAGCAGGGAGCCUAAGCCAGCUUGCCCACCUUGCACUGAGGGGUGCAAAGGUGGGAGGCAGCUGCUGAAAAAUCUGCCUGGCACUUUCCUCUGCCCCCCCCCCUCCCCUCCAGCCAGAGCCCUGUAAGUAACACAGCAUGGGAUGGGGAGGCAGCUAGGCCUCUGGGGUUCUUCCUCCAGCUCUGGGAGGGAGGGAGUGGGGGGAGGGGUCAGCAGUUAGAGCAAGUCAGGGCUGGAGCCAGAACUCCUGGGUUCUACCCCUGGCACUGGGAGAGGAGCAGGGGAAGCUAGGACUACUGGGACUGAGGGAUUGAGCAGAUGCAAUGCUGAGCAUCACAGCACAGACCUGGCCAGCACCCUCCUACCCCAGAGUACCCAGAGCCAGCAAGCUGAGGAGGGAGGAGAUUAAAGUAGCCCAUAGGAAGCACUGAAGAGUGGGGAGCAGACUGCCUGGGUGCUGUUGGCUGCUGCCCAAGAACUGUUUGCCCCUUCCCACGGCAGCCUAGUCCCCCAGCAUUCUGCUCCCCCCUGUUCAGAGGAUGGAGAAAUCGCCUUCUCGUGAAGUAGGGGAUGCUUGGUGAGACCCCAGAAUUUCCAUGUGACUUCUGGCCUUUCAGCCCGUCCCAUUCACCCCACCCUGCAGGGCUCCCGGCCCUUCCACCCCAAGAUAACUGCAUAAUAGAGAAGGAAACUGAGGCAUAUAUGGGCUCCCUAUGGUUCCAAAACAUUCCCAGUGGCCCAGCGACUCUGCCAGGAUUUGGGCUGUGGAGUGGCCCGUGCAAGUCCAGCCAUGCUGGCCUGAUGCCGCACAGUGGGGUGGGGGAGGACAGGACCUCUUGGGGUCUUUGAACCAUCGUUUCAAGGACUUCAAUA